AUGGACUCCCGCAUUGCUAAGAUUUCUAACUUUCUUCGACACCUGAGCGAUAAAUCUAGAAUUUCCUUUUUUUUUUUCGCUCUUGUUUAUGUUCACGCGAUAACUUUGGCUUGCCAACGGCGCGGAGAUAUCUUUUCGGCUUUUAAGCCUUUCACGCCAAUCUCUGUCAGUAUCUAUCUAUUUAUCUCUCUGAUUCUCUUCAUAUCUAUCUAUCUAUCUAUCUAUCUAUCUAUCUAUCUAUCUAUCUAUCUAUCUAUUUCAGUUUGUUUAUUACUCUUUCUCUCUAUAUAUAUCUAUUUCUGUUCAUAUAUAUUUCCGACUAAUCUAUGUAUCUUUGACUGUUCAUAUCUAUCUAUCUAUCUAUCUAUCUAUCUAUCUAUCUAUCUAUCUAUUUCAGUUUGUUUAUUACUCUUUCUCUCUCUAUAUAUCUAUUUCUGUUCAUAUAUAUUUCCGACUCAUCUAUGUAUCUUUGACUGUUCAUAUCUAUCUAUCUAUCUAUCUAUCUAUCUAUCUAUCUAUCUAUCUAUCUAUUUCAGUUUGUUUAUUACUCUUUCUCUCUCUAUAUAUCUAUUUCUGUUCAUAUAUAUUUCCGACUCAUCUCAUCUUUGA